GUUCUCAUGGGCCGCGUCGGAGCUGAAUGCCCCGGCGCGUUAGUGAGAGCAUAUGCUGAUGAUGCCGCCUUGGUGUUCUUGGACUACUGGCUGGAGGCGCCGAGAUUACAGUGCAUAUUUGAAGACUUCGGAUCGAUCUCUGGCCUAUACCUUAAUUUGCAAAGGUGCAUCGCGAUCCCUCUGGGUGCUGGAACGGCGGAGGACUUCCAGGCGAGACGGGCGCCGCGACUUCCAGGUUGGUCGAACGUGCCCAUUGCCGAUUGCGGAAAGCAUUUGGGUUUCUGUGUCGGACCCGGCAAGGGGGAACAUUACUGGGAGGCGCCUGGCAAGAAGUGCGACCAACGGUGGCGGGACUGGGGGGGCCAGGGCAUUGGACUGCAGUACCGCGCGGUGGCGUACAAUUUUGUCGCAGUGUCGCAGUAUCUACGUUGGGAUACGUUGGGCAGCUGGAAGAAGUCCCAGCUG